GGAGGAGGAGAAAAGAAGAAACGCGUCGGAGGCGACAAGAGAGAGAGGAAGCAGAGAAAGUUGGUAGAGGAGCAAGAGGGCGAGAGGAGAGGAGAGAAGUGAGGGGUCGACCAGAUGGGAGGAAGGAAGGAAAGGAUCUCUCGGCGGGCUCAAGUGCGCGAUUAAAGGAUUCUGCAUAAAUAAACAAAAUCAAAUGAAUCAAAGCCUAUAAUAAAAAAGAGGAAUUAUAGGCGCGCCACCGCGUUGCGUGGACGCGGACAAGACAGCGGCGGUGCGCGCUGAAACAGCAAAGUCCCGUCUUUCUCUCUCUGGAUUUCACUCCUCAUGUUAUUUCUCCAAACUCGCAGCGAGGUUCACUAACUUUUGGUGGAAGUUUUGAGAAAAACUUCUUGUCCCCUCGUCCUUUCAAUUAACACUCUCCCCGGAAAAGAAGAGAAGCUCCGGGGUGGAAGUGGAGGAAGGAAGAGCUGUUUUGUGCCUUCCGAGGAGUGCAGCUCGCCGUAGCCGGGGUUUAGGCGUUGGCACCCGGACAGGGAGUCCCUCGACAUGGCCGGGGCCAAGCCGGGAGUCCACGCGCUGCAGCUCAAACCCGUGUCCGUCCACGAAGCGCUGAAGAAGGGGGGCAAAUUCAUCAAAUGGGACGAGGAGCCUAACAGCGGGCCCCCAACCCUGGUAACACUGAAAGUUGACCCAGAUGGAUUCUUCCUCUACUGGACUGGAGGGUCUAACCUGGAGGUAGAGAUUCUGGACAUCAGCACCAUCAGGGACACCCGAACAGGAAAAUAUGCAAAGCUACCAAAGGACCCCAAGGUGCGGGAUGUACUCGGUUGCGGUAAGGCUGAAAGUGUAGAAGGGAAGCUGGUAACCGUUGUCCAUGGAAACGACCUGGUCAACAUCUCCUUCCUCAACUUCCAGGCUAUGCAGGAAGACACAGCCAAGAUUUGGACAGAUGAGCUGUUCACUUUGGCCACAAACAUACUUUCCCAGAAUUCAUCGCGGAAUACCUUCCUCCUCAAAGCGUACACUAAGUUAAAGUUGCAGGUGAAUCAGGACGGGAAGAUUCCAGUGAAGAAUAUUCUCAAGAUGUUUUCAGAUAAAAAGAGAGUGGAGACGGCUCUAGAGCAGUGUGGCCUCGUCGUUAACAAGUCAGAGGGAAUAAAGCCAGAUGAUUUCACAUGGGAGGCCUUCCAGAAGUUUCUUGACACUCUCAGUCUCCGGCCUGAGAUACAAAGCAUCUUUGAAGAAAGUGGGUCCAAGAGGAAGCCGUUCAUCUCUUUGGACCAGCUCAUGGACUUCAUCAACCGCAGGCAGCGAGACUCCAGACUGAACGAGGUGCUGUACCCUCCGCUGAAAAGAGAGCAGGUCCGACAGAUCAUGGAGAAAUAUGAGACCAACACCAGCCAGCUGGAGAGAGACCAGAUCAGUUUGCAGGCUUUCAGUCGGUAUCUGGGAGGAGAGGAAAACGGCAUCACACCUCCAGAGAGGCUGGAUAUCAUCGACGAUAUGAACCAACCGCUGUCUCACUACUUUAUCAACUCCUCACACAACACAUACCUCACAGUUGGUCAGCUGACAGGUCUGUCUUCAGUAGAGAUGUACAGGCAGGUGCUGCUGACCGGCUGUCGCUGUGUCGAGCUGGACUGCUGGAAGGGCCGACCGCCAGACGAGGAGCCUUACAUCACCCAUGGGUUCACCAUGACCACUGAGAUAUCUUUCAAGGAGGUGAUUGAAGCGAUAGCAGAGAGCGCUUUCAAGACCUCGCCGUACCCUGUCAUCCUGUCCUUCGAAAACCACGUAGAUUCGGCCAAGCAGCAAGCCAAGAUGGCGGAGUACUGCAGGACCAUAUUUGGAGACGCGCUGCUCAUUGAUCCACUGGAGAAAUAUCCGCUAAUCCCAGGGCAGGCGCUUCCCUCGCCGCAGGAAAUGCUGGGGAAGAUUCUCAUCAAAAACAAGAAGAAGCACCAUCACAGGCCCUCCAGUGGCGGCAGCAUUCGACGCAGGGAGCUGGAGGAGCAGUCGUCGCCCAACAACGAGUGCCCUCUGACAGACGGCGAGGGAAGCCAGCUCCUGUCCAACGGAGAGGAGAAGCUGGCUGAGAGGAUGGUCAAAGAUUCAGAGCCCCGCAAGUCCAUCGGAGGUGAGGGAGAGAGCGAGGAGGACGAAGAUGAUGAGCCAUCGACCGAACUGAAAAAGCCAAACUCUGACGAGGGUACAGCCAGCAGUGAAGUGAAUGCCACAGAGGAGAUGUCGACUCUCGUCAACUACAUCGAACCUGUCAAAUUUAAGAGCUUCGAGGUGGCAAACAAGAGGAAGAAGUUCUUUGAGAUGUCGUCAUUUGUGGAAACAAAAGGCGUGGACACGCUAAAGAGCUCCCCUAUCGAGUUUGUCGAGUACAAUAAGAAUCAGCUGAGCCGAAUCUACCCUAAAGGAACGAGGGUGGACAGCUCCAACUACAUGCCUCAGCUCUUCUGGAACGUUGGCUGCCAGAUGGUGGCACUAAACUUCCAGAGCCUCGACCUCCCUAUGCAGCUGAACAUGGGAGUGUUUGAGUAUAACGGCCGCAGUGGCUACCUGCUGAAACCGGAGUUCAUGAGAAGGAUAGACAAACACUUUGACCCGUUCACGGAGAACAUCGUGGAUGGAAUAGUCGCCAAUACUGUCAAAAUUAGGGUGAUCUCAGGCCAGUUCCUGACAGAUAAGAAGGUGGGCGUGUAUGUGGAAGUGGACAUGUUUGGACUUCCUGUAGAUACAAAACGGAAGUAUAGAACCAAAACGUCCAAUGGGAACUCGCUGGACCCCGUGUGGGAUGAUGAGAUGUAUGUCUUCAAUAAGGUGGUCCUCCCUACACUGGCCUCUCUAAGGAUAGCAGUGUUUGAGGAAAACGGGAAGUUUAUCGGACACCGUAUCCUCCCCGUGUCUGCCAUUAGACCUGGCUACCACUACAUCAACCUGAAGAAUGAGUUAAACCAGCCUCUCCUGCUGUCCUCUCUGCUGGUGUGCACUGAGGCUCAGGACUACAUCCCUAAUGAACACCAGGAGUACGCAGAGGCCCUGACCAACCCCAUUAAACACGUCAGUCAGUUGGAUAAGAGAGAGACACAGCUGGCUGUUCUCAUUGAGGACAACAGUGAGCAUGUCCCCGAACAGCCCAAAGAGGGAGAGCCCAGGAGAGAGAGUGACGCCAUUCCGGGAGGUCGACUCCCCUCCCCCUUUCACAACGUCCCUCCCUGCUCAUUGGAAGAUGCCUCUGACAUCAUCAACGUACCUAUACCGGCACAAAGUCAGAAGGAGGACCUCAUAGCCACAGUUCUGGGAGACAUACAGGUCCAGUCUAUAGAGGAGUUGAGGCAGCAGAAAAACUAUUUGAAGCUUCUGAAGAAACAUGGCAAAGAACUCAAAGAUCUGCAUAAGAAACACCUCAAGAAGGUGUGGAAUCUGAGUAAGGAGCAGAAGAGUCGGAACAGUCAGCUUCAAUCUGACACCCAGAGGAGGCGCAGUCAGAUGGAGAAACACCUCAAACGUAGCAUCAAGAAAAACGAGCCUCCGGAGCCGAUGCAGCAGGAGUUGACGGCGUUGGAUCAGGAGCUUGAGAAGCAGGUGGUCCAGCUGAGGGAAUGGCAGAUGCAAGAGCUGCUGAAGCUCCGACAACAGCAACACGCGCUGGAAAGAGAGAAGCAACAAACACAUCUGCAAGAGGCCUUCCAGAAGUUAAAGGAGACGGCCCAUGAAUGCCAAGCAGCUCAGCUCAAGAAGCUCAGGGAGACGUGCGAGAAGGAGAAGAAAGAGCUCCAGAAAAUCCUAGACAGGAAGCGGCAGAACAGCAUCAGUGAAGCCAAGAGCCGUGACAAAGACAAGGCUGAAACCGAACUGAAUGACAUCAACAGGAAACAUAUUCAGGAUUCUGUCACCUUAAUCCGAAGGCUGGAGGAGGCUCAGACCAGGAGACAGGAUAAGCUGAUGCUGAGGCAGCGGGAGGUGUUGCAACACAUAGAUGAGGAAUUUCCACUGCUCCAGUCUCAGUUGGAGAGGGAACUGGACGAGGAGUCUAAGCGACUACCGGAGGAAAUCUGCCAGCACCUGCAGUCGGAGCUCCAAAACAAAGGUCUCCGAAAGGACGCCCUGUUCUCAUCUUUGUCUAAUCAUAGUAGCCCCAGCUCUGGCUCGGGCCCGCCCUCCAACUGCUCCACACCCUCCUACCCGUCAACGCCCAAUCGAAGCACCUGGAAUAGGAGCCUGGACAAUAGCACUGCCUCAUUGGCCGAUUCCACGUCCUCGUCCGCCACCCCUGUCCUGUCGGAGGGGGAGAUGUCGUUCAGUUAGAAUAAUUACUUGUAAAAAGGAAAAUACAUACAUUCAACUGGGGUCUAUAAUGAUUACAAUGUGGGAUAGUAAUGAUAUUAAUUAUUUACUAAUUUUAUUCUUUUUUUUUUAUUACAGACUGUGUUCUUGUCUACAGAGCUAUAUUAUUUUUUAUUUUGCCACUGAUGUGUUUUUGUCAGAUGACACGUCAUGCAUUUUGUUUGAAGAUUUCAUAAGAAUCACAACCAAACUUGUUUUUUAUUUUUAUUUUUUACAUUUUCUUGUCUCUUUGUCCUGCUUUUAAUGUCAUGUCAUACUGUUUUCUUUGCAUCAUUUCCAUUUUUGUCUGGUCAGUAAGCUUCUGCUACAGCUUUACCACACUAUGAGCUUUAUGCUAACACUGUUAUUGUUAAAUCUUUUUGUUCACAGCAACUUUAACCUCUUUUUUUUUUUAACUUUUUUGAGAGCUUUCAGCUGUGCAGAUAUGUAGAGUUUGAGCUACUUCAAAAGUAAUUCUCACCAAAUUUCGAUAUUUUAUUCGUAGCUUACACAACAGUUGAGCAAUUACAUUGCUUCAUAAUGAACAUAUGACCUGUGGAAAUGUCUGUGUGCUGCACAUAUAAGCCACAACUCUUAUCCACAUUCAUAAUGAGAACCAGAGAGAAGAAGGGUAGUUUACAGACUUGAGCAUUAUUAAGAAAAAAAGGGUUGAGUAUUAGAAAAUAUUGAAAAUCUUAAGUUUUAGCUGUAAUUGCAGUAGCUGACCAGCAGGUGGUGUUGCAGCCUUAGCUGUUUUUUUAAUAUAUGCUUUGAGCUGUCCAAUCAUCUAGCCUGAUUAUCCUAUUACACUGUACUCCAACACACAUACACACACACACACACACACACACACACACAGACACACAGACACCUGUCUCGCCAGGAUUUGCACCCUUGUUCUGAAUAAAGUCUCUGGCCUUUAACCUCCAAUCAAAAUCCAGUCAAGGUUGGUUGAGGGGCGGUCAGCAGACGUCCAUCUGGCUAGAAACUAGUGUGUAACUGUGUGUGUGUGUGUGUGUUUGAGUGUCAAAGAAGGGGAGGGAGGUAGUGAUGUAACACUCACUUUUUUAAAUGUAUGUGUAAGCAUAUAUCUCUCUUACACACACACACACACACUUGACACUGCAUUAUCUAAUGAUGCGUUCUAUCGACACACAGCACAUAUACACAGUCACAGUUUAUUGGUUAAGAGGCCAAAAGUCUUCAAAAUCCCCAUCCCAUUCAAUCUACUCCCUGUUUAAAAAAAAAACAGAGUGCACACACUCACAAACACACACUUCAGAGAGGAACCGCAGUAAUUUUACAAAUAUCAGAGAUUACCGAACUCUGCAGGGGUAUUUGUGAGUGUGUGGCUAGAACAUAAUCUCUUGAUGAGACAUCUGCUUUUGGGGACAGUAAUACUUCUUACUAAAUGGAAAGAGUCUGCUCAGUGUGUGUGUUUUGUGUGUGUCCAUGUGUGUUGGUGUUGUUAGUUUGCCACUUUGGCAGCCUGGAGAAAAGAGAACAUCAUAUGUUUAAAUAGCAAAGCCACUGUAAGAGACAGUCCUGUGAUUAAGACUUAAAGCUGCACUAUGAAUUUGAUUUGCUCAAUUUAACCAAAUUAUUAUUGUUUUAGUCUUAGAUAAUGUGCUUAAAAAAAAUCAUGGCAGAGCUCAGAAAGUGACCACUCAGAUGAACACAGAGCUGUAGGUCUGCUAAAGUCUUUCUGAUGAAGCUUUAAAAUUCAAAGAGUUACCUCUCCUUGCUGUUUGGGGUCAUAAUGUGAAAAACAGUAGUUUAGUCCUGUUGUUUUUAGAGUUAUCAACAAACAUAGGAGCAACUUUUGUAAAUCAUGUUUUAUGGUGCGUAUACCCUUGAAAAUAUCCCACACUGGUUCCCUCGGUGUGUCCAUUCAAACCAAAUACUGAAAGAGGGAUAGUGGUGCACAAACUAAGCGGUACUUUAAAUCUGUGUUUUUGCUUCCUGUUCUGCUAUAUUUAUUUCUGUCAUCCAUUAUUGGAGAUAUUUUUUUGUUUUCGAUCUUAACAGCAAAAUGUUCUUUUUUCUGUCUUGUCCACUUUGAGGGGUAAAAUGAUGGCACUCUGUGUAUAUGUAUUCUGUGUAUAUGUUUUAGUUUUAUGUGAAUUUUACUACUGACCACAAGUGCUGAAGAGAGAUGGAGGAUAGGAGAAGGCGAGGAAGGUUGAGGAUGAGGAAGCGAGAGUUUUAAGUUUUAAGUUGAGAUUCAGUGAGUCCGAUCUUGUCCUUUCCCACCUCCCUCCUUCAAUGAGCACUGGCUGCCUGUCUGUCUGAUUAUCCCCUUUCACACACACACACACACACACACACCCUUUGUAAACUAUCACCUAUUUAAAUGGAAUUUUAACAACUUUUUCUUUUGUGGUUAUUUAAGUUUUUAUUGAUGGAGGAAAGUGAAAGUUCAGGCUGCUUUAACAACUAGCAAAGUGUAAAAGGUUUUCAUACAUCAGGUCUCCAUUACAAAUUCAGUAGGUGCAUGUUUUUAAGUUGUUUUUUUUUUAAUGUUCCUGAAAUUUUAAUGAAAGUCAAACCUGUCAUAAUGACACCAUAAAGACAGCAACUUGUAGCCAGAGACAGUAAUGACACUGUUUGUUUAACUACUAUGUCAUUAGUAGGACAGCAGCAACAACAACAUACACCCACUGGGGUCAGCACUUUCUUCAAAUGAAUACACUGACCUCUUGAUCUCUGGUAAUUUAACAGUUGUGGGCCGAGAAGAUUGCCAGCUUGUUCACCUCUGGCUGUCCACACUGCAUACAGCACAGUAUGUAAAUGUAUAUGCUCAGCCAAUUUGUUUUGGACACUAAUGUAUACAGUGGGUUAUAAAGUCAGAGUAUUUACUUUAUACAGCGGGCUCCAGUCUUCCCAAAUCAAAAGGUUAUUUUUCAAAGAAAAAUAGUUGAUACAUUCCUUACAGGCGGUCUGCUUUUAGGGUCACGUCGGUCCAAGCCAUUCCAAGUCCUGUGGCAAGUAUUCAGAGUCACAUUCUCUGUCGCCUUAAAUAUGAUUUGUACAUUACUAUUUGGUACUCAAAGAGUUUUUCAUUUUUAUUUUUGAGGUAAAAUGUCUCUUUUCAGUUCAGUAUGAGAUUUUACGAUAACCCCUUCCCACUGUCUUUUCAUGUUUAAAUGCACUUUUAUCGCUCUCGUUGUUUUGUUGCUUGUAAAAAUCUUUUGUUCCUGUGAUAUGGACAUCAAUACAACCACUUUCCAGUGAUUUUUACUUUCUGUUACAAUAGAUGUUUAUUUUUUACGAGGUUGUGUAAAAAGAGUCAUUGAGCACAUUUUGGAUAUUUGACAAGACACAAGGAAGGUUUUCGUUGUACUUGUUGGUACUUUAUCUGCAUUAAGAAAAGCCUGUGAUGAUACUGCAUGUUAAAAGACAUUACAUCACAUAGACCUUUUAACAGCUUAACUAAUGUCAAAACCUGACUUAAGCCUGUUUCUCAGAUACAUUUUUUAUAAAUAAAUUGUUACCAAAAUGUAAGAACUUUAGAAACAAAUUCAACAAAGUCAUGCAAGAAUUGGCACAUGUAGAUAAAACUUGUAGUGUAAUCACUGAACAGUUAUAUAUACUGUAGUGUGCAUCACAGUUUCAGACUAAUACCACAGGCAUUCAUGUCAGGAAAAG